AGAAUAUGGCGAUGCUUUCAAAAUAAGCAUUCUUGGUGCAGAAAUUGUUGUACUGAGUGAUUAUGAUAGUAUUUAUGAGGCAUUGGUGGUAAGAUCGAAUGAUUUCGCUGGAAGAGCCUUCGAAAAAUCAUAUGUAGUUCACAAAUGGUUUUCUCAUAAUGUAUCCGCUCAAGAUUUUAUACCAAGGUUUCAAACGUACAAGAAACUAGGAUUACGUGGACUCAAACAGCACGGGGAUGGAAUCGGUAGAAUUGUGAACCUCUCAAAUGAAAACAUAAGCCAGACAGUAAAGGAGUUCAAAGAAGAAAAUGGACAACCUUUCCAACCUCACGACAAACUUCAAAAUCUCCUUUGUCGGAUCAUUAUAUGUAUGCUGCUUGGUGAAAAUACGCAGUAUAAAGAAAAUGAUGCAGAGUUCGCAAGAAGAUGGUUAAAUGACAUGGAGGCAAUGUUAACUGGGCCGUUUUUCUAUCUGUUAGAGAUGUUCCCAUGGACACGCUACUUUGGCAACCCUAUUUAUCUACAAAUGACUGAACUGAUGGAAUGCCGUGAUAAGCACUUCAAAGAAUGGAUCGAAAGAUUCAAAUCUUAUAAACAGGAAAGUGGUGAGAGGACCCUAUUUGAUGAGUUACUGGCUGCUAAAGAAGAGGGCACAAUUACAGAGGAUGGUAUUUAUGGAAUCGUGAUGGAUACAUUCAGUGCAGGGAUUUUCACAACAUUUACAACUACAUCUGGAUUCCUACUUGCAAUGAUGACCUAUCCCGACAUCCAAAAUAACCUUCACAAGGAAAUUGAUCAUGUGAUUGGUAAAGAACAGUUUCCAGAGCUAUCAGAUCGCGAGAAGAUGCCAUAUAUGGAAGCAACGAUUCUUGAAACACUGCGUUACAUGUCAAUGGUCCCAACAAACGUGCCGCAUAAAACAACAUGUGAUACAAAUAUAGCUGGAUGUGACCUCCCAAAGGGAACACAGGUUUGGAUGAACUUAU